CGUCUAAGUCAAACGGUGCUGCCCCAGUCAGCGGUAUCCUAGCUUCCCAACAGUGCUUUGCGGUCCCAUUUUUAAUCCCUCGUCGCUGUGCUUACGCGAACACCAAUUCAUGGUUAUAAAAUCCAUACUUAUAAAUACUCAUAAAAUCCAUACAUUUAAAGGCAAUCUGCAUUGUCGUACACUAUAUAGUAUAUCCAUUAAAUUUCGAAUUGCAUAAUUUUUCCAUACUUUAUUGAGUAUAAUGAUACUCAAUAAAUUAUGCACAUUAUAAAUAGACUCAUAAUCAUUGCACGCGCUAUUGCCCGGUACCGCAGGAUCUUUACAAUCUACACUAACUCUACCCAAAUAUCCAGACAAGGAAAUGCUUCUAACGCGAUCACAAAACAAUAUUUUUAAGCCAAAGAUGAAACAGCAAACGCGUGCCCUAUGUAAGUAAGAAGAUUGUAGCACAACAUGUCAGAUGAUGACAUCAGUCCGAGAUGGCGCCUUGCCGGCUUUAUUGUUAUGCUACUGGCAAUUUUAACUAUUUACAUAUUAUAUUCUUCAAGUAUUUACCUAAAAGAUAAGCCAGUGGGUAAAAAAUGGUCGGAGCUUCGCUAUGGUGUUAGAAAUAAGGCGUCAGAGCCUCUGCACAAAGACGAACAAGCCGGGAUGUGGCGAGAACACAUCGGAGAAGAUGCAAACAACAAAUCCUUGACGCCAUUUAUUUAUCUCGUUCAGACUGAAACCUGUAUAUCGGAAACUCUCCUGAGUACUAAACGCCUUGGAGACCCCAAGCAAUGUGCUUGCGAAGUCAUCGUGUUAAGCUAUCGUAGUAUCUGCAAGAAGCAUCAACAUUAUCAACACGUGGAAUACAUCCUUGGUGUCAACAAUACAUGGGCAAGGGGACGGAACCACUUAUACUGGGCGGCUAGCAAGCGAAACAAAUUUUAUCUGUAUUACAUAUACACAGAUGACGAUAUUUUUCUUACUUUUACCACCCAUGCUUCUAAAGAAAUGAAAUCUUCAGUACCUAUGCGGGUAUUCGAAAUGUUUCUGUUACGUUAUGAACCUGCUAUAGCGGUGCCAACUUACUUUAAUAAAAAUGCUGAAUGGACAAAUGGAAAGCAUGACCGUAUUUGCGGGCGGGGGAAAGUAAAGAAGCUCUACUAUCCUGCAGUCGAUUACGACGCAUGUUUUGUGGCGAUUCAUAAGGAUGCUGCCAAGCACGUAUUACCGUACGAAACAAAAUACGACAAACAUUCAUGGUGGAACGCAGGAGCCUGUUUCGUGGUGGCUGCAGAGUUGAAAUUUCGUGGACAAGUGGUUGUUUACCUUCCUAUAUUUGCAAAUAACCCCGGCCACCGCCCCUACCCCCACCAGAAACGCUUUUCAGAUGUUGAAUGGUCGUUGUGUUUGGAGGACGAGGUUAAGAAAAUGCCGCGCGAACUUCGAAAAUCAAAACUUGUCAGGGAUUUUCAGAGAAGUCCUUUACAUUAUCUUGAAAAUGCAAAGACGUAUUGCCUUGAUCGCCCACCACAUCACAAAAUUAUAUCAUAUGAUCAUUUUAAGACUAUCAGAUAAAUUUCAAAAUAAUAAAGAAAGCAACAGAGAUUUAGUGGCAAAAA